AUGCCUAACCCAAGUGCCCUUGCCUUGAUUGAGGCGCGGCAACGUCGCAAGGCUGAGCAGCUGUUGUUUGAUAAGGCCCAGGCAGAGGACUGCCGGCUGCGGCUUGCCGCAAACUGGGAGGUACGCGGGGACGCUGUUAUUGAGCAAAAGGACCUGAUGCGCCACUUGGACAAUGUGCAGGCACAACACGAUGACGCCUUGGUGGCCCGUCGCAAACGACUUGCAGGCAUGCUUCUUCAGGAGCGUGCCGACCACGAUGCGAUGCUGAACAAACUUGCGGAGACCGACGAACAACGACGCGAACGGUUGAUUAAAAAAGCACGCGAGCUGCGCGAGCAGCACUCAGAGGAUCUUCGUGCUGACGCGCAGAGGCGGCAUGAUCGUUUGUUCCGUGAUAAGAUUGACUCUUUGCGGCUGGCGGAAAGUCGACUGAGGGUGAUGCAAGUUUCUGCUGCCCGCUUUGAGCAGCUUGCACUGGCGGAGCGGCGCCGCGAGGAGCAGAAGCACGAGGAUGACUUCUUUGCCCAGCAACGGCUUGAAGAACAACGAAUGAUGAAUGAACGGGCGAGGCGCGAUCUUGAAAUGCUGCACCUUGGUCGGGAAAAUACUAAAAGGGCUCUGGCAGCGCAGGUGGAAGGCAACAAGGCUCGUAAAGCACAGGCGAUGGCGGAAAAGCAGCGGGAGGACGAAGAGUUCAAUCGCGUCUUGGAGGAGGAGCUGGCGGCGGAGGCGCAGCGGCGCGUGGAGGCCCGUAAGGCCCGCGCGAUUCUUGCAAAUGAGAUGAUUGCGUUCAAUGAGGAGCUGCGGCAGGUGCGGCAGCAGGAGUACGCGAAGCUGCAACAGGAGGACAAGGAGAUGCUGGACCGCAUGCUAGCAGAGCUAGCCGAAGAGGAGCGGCAGAAGCAGCUGCAAAAGCACGAACGCUGGGAUGCCUCCAGGGCAAACUUGGAGGAUAUCCGGCGGCAGCUGAACAAGCGCAAGCAGGAGGAAGGGGAGCUGGACAAGUUGUGGGAUGAGGAGAACAGCAAAGAGUGGGCAAAACGGGAGGCGCGGUGGAAGGCGGAUGAGGAUAGGCGCAAACGACUGAUGCACAACGUCCUCACCAUCCGUCGGCAACAGGUGCUUGACAAGCGGAAGCAGGAGGAGGAGGACGCCGCCUCGGCGGCGAAGGAGCGCGAGGAGUUUCUUCGCAAGCUUGCAAACUCUGUCGAUCUUGAUGCGCAAGAACGCGCCCGCCGAUACCAGGUGCUCCGGGAGGAUCAGAAGUACCUUAUGGGGCAAAUGCAGCGGCGCGCGGCGGAGAAGGAGGCAGAGCGGCAGGCAGUUGCGAAUCAGAUGACGGAGCAGCAGGAGCUGAACGCCAAGUAUGCAGAGCGCAUUAAGAAGGAGAUGGAAAACUUAGAGCGCGCAAAGCCCGAGCGCUACAAGAACGUUCCCCUGCUACCAAAGAGGUGUCAUCAAGUCUUUUAG